GCCUACUCGCCCUGCCCGCCGCCUCCCCCCUGCUCAGCCCCGUCCUCCGCCUGCUCGCCCCGCCCUCCGCCUGCUCGCCCCGCCCGUCGCCUGUUCGCCCCGCGCGCCGGCUGUGUUGGCGCGCAGGCAGCCGUCGAUGACCCGGCACUCGUCCCGCAGCCGGUUCUGCACCUCCCGCAGUGCCUGCGUCGGUGCGGGCGGCCUCCUCCCACCACCGCCCCCGCCGCUCCCACGCGGCUUCGUGACUGAGCCGCGGCCCUGCUACAGCUGCUGCGCGGACACCGGCGUCCUCCUGUCGCUGGCUCGACGCCUGGUGGGUGCAGCGCAGGGCGUGGUGGCGGCCCUGGCGAACCUCGCGGACCGCCUGCGCCUUCCCGGCGGCGUCCGCCAUUGACGUGUGGCCCGCCCGGUCGAUCGAUCGGUCGAGGUACGGCGACCGACGAGAGGUUUUUGUCUGCGUGCCUUGUCCGGCUCGUGGAGUGGGGUGGGGAGGAGAUCGAGGCGAGAGGGGGCGGUUCCGAGGAGGAGGACGAAGGAGUGGAGCCGGAAAGAGCGGAGAUUGCGGGCGCAUGCAGGUCGUGUCGCCUGCCUUUGGCUUGGGCAGGUUGGAGAAAUUCAUCUUUCUAGGUUCUCCACUGAAAUUAUUGCUCUUGAGGUCAAUUGUUAUCAGAUUUGUACAGUUGCUCGGAGCAAACGGCAGCUCCCCUGACAUGUUGUUGUUCAAACGGAGGUCCUCCAAUUUCUUGAUUUGUCCUAUAGAAACUGGAAUCUUGCCGCUGAAGUUGUUCCUUUCAAGAUCAAGGGUUACAAGAGUUCUGAGGUUGGUUAUGUUGUACCAUCGAUAGCUCCAUGUAAAUCAUUGUUAGGCAAUGACAGGUACUCCGAUGAUUUUGCGUUGAAGAGUUCAUUUGGGAUUACUCCAGUGAGGUUGUUGUAUCCAGCCCCGAGCUCUCUAGCCUGGAGCAAUUACCAAGACUUGGGGGGAUGCUGCCACUGAAUUCGUUGAAACACAGUUCAAACACAGUGAGGGUGGUGAGGUACUACAGAGUUGAGUUGGUAUCUGCCCAGUAAAGCUGUUAUUGCUGGCAUUGAGUGUGACCAGAUUCCCCAUUGUGAUGGAUGGAAAGUGUCCUGUAAAUAAGUUGCUUGAGACGUUCAAUACCUGGAGAGUCUGGGGCAGGGCCGAAGAGGGCAACUCGUGGAGUGUUCCAUUGAGAUGGUUAAAGCUGACAUCAAGGAUUGUGAUGCUGCUGGACGACACCAAUUCUGAUGGUAGACCACUGCAGAGUGAGUUGUGAGAGAGAUCAAGGUGCUACAGCGCGCCGAGGAUCCCAAGGGACCGUGAGAUGUUCCCCUCGAGGCCCUUAAAAGGCAACAGCACAUGUGUGAUCGUCCUAUCUUGCCCGCAGGUGAUCCCUUCCCACUUGCUGCAUCCGUGUCGUUCUCCCAUGAAGUAGCGAGUCCACCGUUUUGUGAGAGCCCGGCGAGGAACUGGAGAAGGGAGCCCCUCUCCUGCUUCGUGAGGAGCUGGUGAGAGAGGCCAAGGAGAUGAGUAGCACAAGAGCAAGGGCAAAUGAAGGCAUGUGCAAUUUCUUGGUGUGUGUCUUGCUUGAAAACUGGAGUGUCUGCAUGGUUUGGUGGUGAAACUAGCAUGGAAACCAGAGCAUAAAUGGUUGUCUAUUAAUUCAAGAGCUUGAGGGGAAAGAAGAAGCCGUCAUUUUGUUGUGCUUCUUGCAGUCGUUGUCAGCACAAAGGAAAAACGGUUGGUUCGGACUCUGAACACUAUACUUGGAUACUAAGCGUGCAAAAUCUUUCUUUUGUAGUCGUCCACUAUUUCGGACUCAAUCCAUGUAGAAUGUUUACCACGUGCCAUAAAUUAUUUCUCUGAUCAAUCA